GAGAGAACGAGCACUGCAACGAUUUCACGCAGCCAGAUGGGACGAACAGGAGGAUUUGAUGGUGUUUUUCCAGCAGCUGGACAGACAUCUAACGAUUGGGCUCCCCGAGUUAGAGGGUAACGCAAGAGAGCGCCUACUGAAACAGCAGUUUAUCCGAAGUCUGCCCGAUCCACUCCGUGAUCAGGUGAAAUUGGCGUCGAUGGUGGGAGACAGCAAAGCGUUGGAUCUGGUGACGGUCGCCCAGAAUUUGUCGGAACGAGUGACAGUGAGAAGCAUCCAGCAUGCUGAGUUGGAACAGAAAGUAAAUCGCCUAUCCGAAAUGGUGGAGCAGCUGUUGGCGAUUGAGUCUUCAAGCACCACUUCACAACGCAAUGUACGGGCAAUCCGGAACGGUCGCCGCUGUUUCCGAUGCAACCAGAGUGGUCAUGUGGCGAGAUUCUGCACCAACUUCAAUGUGCCCCAUUGUUUCUCUCUAUCCAUGCCGAGUCGGUGGCGAGUACC